CCGCAUUGUUGCAUUACGUCAAAACCAGUCGACACGUACAAGCGAAUGAAACAGUACGCAUGCGCGAAAGUCAAUGCUCCAGCUUACUGCUCCAACACAACCAAGCGGGUAUAAAUGCAUCAAUUUCGGAGCCUCUUUUCAAGCACACUACAGAAAGUCUUCAGCAGACUAUCUACAAGAUUGAAGAGCACAGAAGGGAGACCUUUGGCUCCGUUGGGUUCAAGAAUUCUCACCAAUCCUGAUGACAUCUUUAAACACAAUAUGUGGGAUCAUGUGCAGUGGACAGACGAGGACAAAGAAAAUGCAUUGUUAAAAGCAGUUGAGAACUCUAAGGUGCACGUUCCUUUAAGCGAGCAAGGAAAAUUUGAUACAGAAGCUUGCCACUACUGGGAUCAAUUUUAUGAACAACACAAGGAUAAAUUCUUCAAAGAUCGCAAGUGGCUCUUUUUGGAAUUCCCAGAACUGCUUCCGUUAGAUUCAAGAAACCAAGCUGGUAAUUUUGAGAGCGGCUUCAACGGGGAGGUGGAUAGCAGACGUCAGCAACAGAUCAGCUUCACAAACUUAGAUUGUACGUCAACACAUCAACACCUCUGUCAAGAUGCAGACCUGGAAACUAAAGAAGCAUCCAUGCACGUUUCUUACCCUGGACAACAUGCCUCUUUCAGGAUAUUGGAGGUUGGGUGUGGAGUUGGGAACAGUGUAUUUCCUAUUAUUAAUAAUAUCAAGCAAAGUGAUGCAUUUUUAUACUGCUGUGACUUCUCCACAUGUGCUAUUCAACUGUUGAAGAGCCAUCCCGACCAUGACCACUCUUUGUGCCAUGCGUUUGUCCAUGAUAUUUGUCAGGAAGAGUGCUCUCUUCCCUUUCCUCCACAGAGUCUGGAUGUUAUCCUUGCAGUUUUUGUGCUCUCCUCCAUUCAUCCAGACAGGGUCCAAGGAGUUGUCAAUACCCUAGCCUCCUACCUGAAAUUUGGAGGGACUUUCCUCUUUCGUGAUUAUGGGAGAUAUGAUUUUUCACAACUCAGGUUUAAGAAAGGUCGGUGCUUGUCAGACAAUUUCUACGUGCGAGGAGAUGGAACCUGUGUUUAUUUUUUUACAAAAGAUGAUGUUCAUAAUUUAUUUUCCAAUGCUGGAUUGGAGGAAGUUCAGAAUCUAGAAGAUCGACGACUUCAAGUUAACAGAGGGAAAAAAGUGUCAAUGCACCGGGUAUGGAUGCAGAGCAAGUACAGGAAUCACAUCCAUUUCCACCCUGUUAACACCCCACCCAAUGACGUAGAAUAAAAACUAGAAUGCGCACUCAGCAUACAUUCUGUAUGCCGACAUGGCCAAUAGGCUGUGACUUUGUAAACAUACUCACAUUGUUAUGGAAAACGAUGCAAUACAGCUAAAUACUUGGGAUGUUUUGGAUCCCUAGAGAAUAUAAUGUAAACAUUUGCAGCAUGCCCAGGAAGGUUUAGAAGAUACAUUGACACAUAGAUAUUUAAUAGGAAGUAGAGGUCUUAAUAAUAUUCCCCAUGCCAAAGAUGUCGACUGCCUCGCCCACCACUCAUCUUAGUGAAGCAGGCAUUUCAAUUGAUAUAUUCCACAAAUGACAUGGAAUUUUUUUUGACACUUUUUGUACAAGAGAAUGAACAAUCUCGGAAAUAUUAUCAAUAAAUUCCACAGUAUCGCUCUCAG